AUGUCGUCCAAGAAGGAUAUGCGCCGGCCGGACCUGGUCAUUCCGUACCAGGAGCCCUCGGGCAAGGGCGAAAGCUCUGACAUCUCAUCGACCCUGUCCUCGACUCUUCCCAUGGCUGCGAUGUUCAUGCGCAACCGCUACGUUGGCUGGGCUGCGGUCGUCUACAGCGUACAGAGCUGGCUCGGCGAGAGCGAGGAGUCGAGGAAGAACCAGGCGACUCCUGGCUACUUCUCCGUCGGCAUGGCUGUCAUGUCUCUCCUCGUCACCUACAUGCCCCUCUUCCUCCCUCCCCAGCCUGGCCUACAGCCCGGCUCGAGCACCGAGGCUCCCCCACCGGUCCCUCCUGCGUAG